AUGGCCUUCAGUGCCUGUGCGGCACAGCUCCCGGUGGCCAACGGUACCGAGCAGGCUCACAACCACACCGCCAGAACGAACCAGGCCACGGCGGCCGACGCCGGAACGCCGAAGAACAUAGCCACUGACAACUCGCCGGGAAAGGCACAGCUCAAGCGGCCCAAGAAGGCCGCAUAG